AUGACUCGACCGGACGGCGCCGACUCGGCCGUACCUUCAGCUGCAUCGCACGGCAUCAAGACCAUCUCGACUUCUGCAUCCGUGACUUUGCCCAAGCCGUGCAUCCUUCUGACCGCCGAGCAGCGCGGCGCACUCUCACUCCGUAUCUUGCGUCACACUCGAUCCUCGCCUUUGCCGGAUGCCGACAUCCUUGCCUUCCAAGCGCUGGUCAACGAUUCGUUCCGUGGUCCGUACCACGACGAAAACUUUGGUGGAAAGUUGCGAUACCCUACGGCCCGGGAGCUUGUUGAUGAUCUCAACCACAGCGACGAAGGAGGCUGGGUGUUUAUGCUGUCCACCGCCGAGGGAGUUCCAGUAGCGGGAGCAAAGGUCACCUUCAGUGGCGUAGGGAUGGAUGCAGGUCCAGGUAUUCAUACGCUCCCUAACCCCACUUACAUUCCGGACGAUGCACAAGGCAAGCCGGUCUUUUGGCUAGGUGCGCUGGGGUCAGUUGCUCCGGGCACAGGAUCGGCGAUCAUUGCACAUAUCAAGAAGUUCUUGGCGGAAUCCUAUCCGCACGGAUACGUGCUCAAGGCGUUUACCGUGGCAGAAUGGGGUGUCAACCCAGACUUUGCGAUUCCACAGGACUCGCCACUGGUGACGUUCUUCGAAAGACAGGCGUUCAAAGUGAGCGAAUACAGUUGGAAAGCGCCAGGAACCUGGGACAGCUUCUACGGCGGAUGUCUUGCGGCGAUAGAGUACGUCCACACGCCCUAG